AUGAAGCGAUUGUGAAAUUAGUCUUCAAAUGAAUUUCGAGUUAAAAAGUGUUAGACACAGUUUUUCUGUGAAUAAUAAACAAAAUCCAAUUGUAAUUAUUUUUAAUCUGCAAGUAAUCCUGUAAAAUAAUAUUACAAAAAAUACUUAGAGAGAAAAUGUGCCACACUGAAAGAAUAAAAAUUUUCAAAAUAUUAAUACUGUGGUCCUCGAUAAUAUCUUUCAUUAAUUGUGUACCCCAGGAGACCACUACAGUAAAGCCAGGACGUUAUGUUCCCGAAUUGUAUGGCGCACAUUUGGGCAAAUAUAUACCCGAUGAUAGUGGCAAAUAUUUUCACAUACAUCGUCCCUAUGAUGGUGGUUAUGGUGAUCGUGGAAUUAAAUAUGUGCACGAUGCCAGUGGCAAUUUAGUGCCAUUGUCUACGAGACCAUUGGGUCCGAAGGACCAUUUACGUUUUAUGAUUGACUUUAAUUACGACAAUAGCGGUUGGCAAAUAAUUAAUUUUGAAUGGUUGCGCGAUGGCGAUGAAAAUUACAAAUACAAAUUUGUUAAUGAAAAUCAAUUAUUUAAUGGAAAUGGAGAUACUGGAGAAGAGGCAAGUGAGCCAAAUAAUAACGAAAGUGAUGUUCAUAUCGAUGGAGAAUACAAUGAAAAUAAUGGUUAUAAUUAUUCUUACAAUAAUGGAGGAUCGAAUAAGAAUUCCAAAAAUCUACAACAAGCCAUUCGUGAAGUUAUCUUUUACAUAGAAAAUAAUAUUUUACCAACUUUAUAAGAAGAACAUAAUGGUAGUAUUUAGCCAUAAAAUACCUAUACAAUAUUUCAUUAAUUAUUUUCGUCAUUUCAUAAAUUUAAGAAUUUUGUUAAACUUUAAGCAAUGUAUAGAUAUUUGAUUUUUAUAAUUGUUAAUUUAACUAUACAAAUUUAUUAAAUAAA